UGGUAGUAUUUAUAUAGUUGUUGCUAUUUCAACGGCUGAAAUCACCCCUGGCGUGGGGACUUGUAUCAGCAGGCGAGCACAGUGAACUAGCAGCUUCUCUAUAUGAAGGGCUGAUGGAAGACGCACGGGAUCUGGCUGAACGCACCCCACGUUCAGAGCGUAAGCGGAGAGACUCGUUCGGGAUGUUUGAUGGCUAUGACAGCUGCAGUGAAGAGUCCACCAGCAGCUCCAGUUCUGAGGACAGUGAGGAUGAGGUGGUACCUUCCAUCCCUGUUAGCCUGCCCAUCAUCAAGAACAAUGGUCAAGUCUACACUUACCCCGAUGGCAAGGCUGGAAUGGCCACUUGUGAGAUGUGUGGGAUGGUCGGAGUACGAGAUGCUUUUUACUCCAAAACCAAGCGCUUCUGCAGUGUGUCGUGUUCGAGGAGUUAUUCCUCUAAUUCCAAAAAAGCUAGCAUCUUGGCUCGACUACAGGGCAAACCACCAACGAAAAAGGCAAAAGUCUUACAGAAACAGCCUCUCAUGGCAAAAUUGGCAGCUUACGCCCAGUACCAAGCCAGUCAACAGAACCAGGCGAAACCAAAAGCAGUGGUCCCAGCAGAGAUUUUUGACUGGGGUCGGUACAUCUGUAGCAAUAACACAGUCGGAGCGCCAGUCAGCUGUUUCAAGCAUGCCCCUAUGGGGACAUGCUGGGGAGACAUAGAAGAAGGUGUUAGGAUUGAAGUGCUCAACUCUGACACCAGUCUCUCCACCAAGGUAUACUGGAUAGCAGAAAUCAUUAAGCUAGCAGGGUUCAAGGCUCUCCUGCGCUAUGAGGGCUUUGACAACGACACCAGUAAGGACUUCUGGUGUAAUCUCUGUAUCCCUGAGGUUCACCCAGUGGGAUGGUGCGCCUCAAGUGGGAAACCCCUUGUACCUCCAAAAAGCAUACAGCAUAAAUACUCUAACUGGAAAGCCUUUCUGGUAAAGCGUCUUACUGGAGCUAAAACACUGCCACCUGACUUUAAUACCAAGGUACAUGAAAACACGCAGUUCCCCUUUAAAAAGCUGAUGCGGGUGGAGGUGGUGGAUAAAAACUACCUGUGCCGGACGCGGGUGGCGCUGGUGGAGCAGGUGACUGGAGGUCGCCUCAGGCUGGUCUACGAAGAGAGCCAGGACGGAUCUGAUGACUUCUGGUGCCACAUGUACAGCCCCCUCAUCCAUAAUAUAGGCUGGUCACGAAGCAUUGGACACCGCUUCAAACGAUCUGAUAUUGCAAAGAAAAUUGAGGGUCAAGUUGAUGCUCCUGCUCAGUUCUUCCAGAAGGUAAAAGAUGUGGACCAGAGUGGGGACUGGUUCAAAGAUGGGAUGAAGUUAGAAGCCAUUGACCCCCUCAAUCUCUCAGCUAUAUGUGUAGCCACUGUAAGAAAGGUUUUGGCAGACGGGUACCUCAUGAUCGGGAUUGACGGUUCGGAGGCAGUGGACGGAUCAGACUGGUUCUGUUACCAUGGCGCCUCCCCCUCCAUCUUUCCUGCCGGCUUCUGUGAAAUCAACAACAUUGAACUCACGCCCCCUAGAGGGUAUUCUAAACUACCAUAUAAAUGGUUUGACUACCUCAGAGAAUCAGGAUCAAUAGCUGCUCCUGUCAAGCUUUUUAACAAGGAGGUUCCCAAUCAUGGUUUUCGACCCGGCAUGAAGCUAGAGGCUGUUGACCUGAUGGAGCCGCGGCUGGUGUGCGUUGCCACAGUGACAAGAAUAGUGCACCGGCUACUGAGGAUCCACUUUGACGGCUGGGAGGACGAGUAUGACCAGUGGGUGGACUGCGAGUCACCUGACCUCUACCCUGUGGGCUGGUGUCAGCUGACGGGCUACCAGCUCCAACCCCCUGCUUCUCAGAGUAACAGAGACAUGCCUCAGUCUGUGCCCAAGCAGAAGAAAAAGGCCCAGCAGUACAAAGGCCAAAAGAAAAAGAGGAAGAUUCCGGUUGGUCGACGGCCCUUCAGUCAGGCAGGCAGGAGGAGGAGCAGCUUCUCAGGGGACGAAGAGCAGAGUCCGCCCCCUUACCCUGCCCAGGGGCCAGCUCGGCCCCGUCCCCGAACCCACCUCCACCAAACCCACAAAUCAGAGUCUCUCCUGCGCAUGAAGGAGGAGGCAGCCGAGGUGGACGAGUUCACCUUCUCACAGGGCACAUCCGACCAGGAAAGCAACGGCUCGGGCAGCUACUACAUCAAACAGGAGCCCUGAGGUCACAUGGUCGAGACAGAGCGGGACAAACUGGGAACAGGACGGACGUCUCGAAAACCUCAGCAGGAUCAGGAACAAGUCAAACUAGCCUCAAAUCACACUCGUAGACCAAUGCCAGCAGGCCUUCUAUGGAGUCAGUACAGGAGAUGAUAAAGAGCAGAAGACGGCUGGUCAUGCUUCUGAAAAGUCCUGAAAGAACAUCCCGCUUAGACAGUCUUCUAACAUUGUAGCUGUGUGUGCAAGUAAUAUCCCAUGGAACCCGUUUCAGGGGUUGGAAAUAGUUGGGCAUUUUCUUUCGUGCCACCGUUGGGUGCCGCAACAUCGGCUUUUUCUCCUCUCCUGUCUGAAACGUCCAACCACACGAGAUAUAUUUGGAUGGAUUCAAAAUCAGCCUUUUUCCCACAGAGAUGGAGGGUCGACAUGCGCCCGUCCUGCCUUCGCCACAAUCUGGGCCACGCACAGAGACCUGUAGAAACUGUGAGAACCAUUUAUUGAGCCAGGUCCUUUGUUUAAUUUUAGUUUUUUUGUAUAUAUAUACACACACACACACACACACACACUUAUAGGACAGCACAUAUAUACAUAUACAUAUAAAUAUAUAUAAUUUGGUUGGGUUUGGUUGGUUUUCAGGUUUAUAAAGUGCAGUUGGUGAGAGUCACCCACUGAGCAGCCUGAGGAGAUAAGAAAAGAGAGGCUGGCAGAGACAGGAGCAGAGUUGUGUAUAUUUUGAUUAUUUUCAAAUUGCCAGGUGGACUUUAACUUCAUUGAAAGUACUUGAAGUUUUCUUUAUUUUGUCCUUUUUUUUGUAAUGAUGUGUGUCUUAAUGUUCCUAUUUUUGCAUUUACAUUUUUGGUGGUUGUGUGGGAAAUGUAACGUGCAUUGUUUCGCAGAAGUGAUUAUAUUCAAAUAGUAUGUGAAGACCUAUUAAAAUAGAAUUGCAGAUUAUAGAUCAAGGAUUGUGAUUGGAAGACAGAUCCCAGUACACCGCUGCUUAGCAUUACUGAUGUUGAAGAUUUCUGCAGCUACAUUUAUUUCCGAGUUCAAACAUUACAGAACCAAAGUCUGAUUCAAGAUACAUGAUAUAACUCACAGCUGAGUUUGAGCCAACAGGUUUCAUCAAAUUCACAAAAACUAUUCAGAUGACGCAAAACUCAAACUAGGGCUUGUGACGAGCAUAUUGUCAUUAUCGUGUAAUUUAUUUAUUUAUUCACAUUUUUUGAUGAAUCUUAUAGAAAACAAUGAAAAUGCUCUUCACUGUUUACCUUCCUUUCUUAGAUCAGUCUCCAGAUGCUUUGUUUUCUGCCACUAACCUUCCCAAAUCUUUCACACUGAGCCAUAUUCUUACAUUUGAAAAGUACAAACAAUGGCUUUUGAAAUAAUUUAUUUAACAGUUUUUUUUAUUUAAUUUGUUGUUACUCCUAUUAAAUUUCAAUUUACAAAUUUUCCCCAUUUAUAACAUCCACAUAAAAGCCAGCCUGGAACCCUUAGGAGGGUUAAGUUUUUUUAUAUUGAUUACUUUGCGUUGCAAGUUUGACGGAAAGUUAUAAAACAUAUCUUAUGCAGUUAUUGCAGACACUCAUUCUUACCAUUGUUUCUUAUAAGUUAGGUAUUGAAUACAGAAAUCCUCCUUCACAUUCCUCUUCUCUUUCAUUAAAUCUGUACAGUCUGUAGAUGUUGUUAUUCCUAAGCUACACAAAG